AUGAUGGCAGUUCUUCAGAAUCUCCAAGGAGUAUAUUCAGUUGUGUUAGAGGGAGAUCAAGCAACAGUGAAGAUUAAAGGCACAGUAAGUCCAGAUUUUAUUUUGAGAGUUCUUGAAAGGAGUAGUAAACAUGGACAGGUUUCAAAUUUUAGGUUAGAUGGCCAAGUUGGGGUUAGAGGAAAUUAUUAUAAUGGACCAAAUGAUUAUCCCCCAUAUGAGCCCCCAUACCCACCAUACUUAAGAGGCCCAGGCCCAGACUAUCCAUACUACCCACCAGGCCCAGAAUAUCAAUACUACCCACAAGGCCUGUCCCUCCCACCACCACCACCCCUGCCGUAUGGUCUACUGCCUCCUCCUCCACCUUAUCCUCUGCCGUCGCCACCACGGCAUAAUUGUGUCAUGGCGUUGAGCAGUGAGGGUUGGGGAACAUUUCAAUAA